ACUUGGCAACAGUGAAGACAGCGAGACGCAUGCGGUAUACAGCGUCUCAUAUAUUUAAGUAUUUGUUGUAAAUUCUUUAUUUAACUAGUUUUUUCUGUAGGGUGGGCAUAUACGAAGAUAUAGUAUAUCUGUUUGUUACAAGCUAGCAUUCAAAAUCAGGGUCACACUGCAGAGAAAACCCCCUGCAGUUUAACACAUCUUGAAGAUGGUUAAGAAUAAAAAGAUGAAGGGCAUGUCUCUCCAGGUGGCCAAGCAUCCCAACACAGAAAUUUUCAAAAAGAAGAAGAAGAAGAAGAAGAAGAAUAAGAAAGAGGCUUUAGGCCAGGCUGUGAGAGUAGAGAAUGUGUCAGAAGCCUUCAAUGGUACAUCAUCUAUCCUCAAAAAGAAUGUGAAAAAAAAGAAGAAGAAGAAUAUAAAUCAAAACACAGCCACACCCAUAGAUGAUGCUUCUAACAAUAAUACACCCACCAUCACCACAGAGGAAAAUUAUACCCAGAAUGUUCAAGAGAAUGAAGACAUACAUAUGGCUGAAGGAUCUCCAGCUAAAAAAGCCACCAAGGGCAAGAAGCGAAAAUUUAAAUCAGAGGAAGCAACUGAUAAUUCAAAUGUUACAGAAGAUGCACAAAGUUUACCAAAUGAUGAUAUAAUAAGGAAAAAGAUAAAGAAAAAAAAAAAGAGGAAACAUAUUGAGAAUGAAAGCACUCCUGCAUCAAACCCUUCAUUAACAGAUAAUACGACCAAUGGAAGCACUACUACUGCAACUAUUUACAAACAGUCUAAUUUGGCAAAGGCAGGAAGAACAAUAUUUGUUGGAAAUGUUAGUAUAAAUACUACCAAAAAAGAUCUUAAGCGUUUCUUCAGUCAGUAUGGCAAGGUUGAAUCAGUCAGAUUUAGAGGUGGAGCUGUAAGUGACCCCAAGAAAAGUAAAAGAGAAGCUGUCAUCACCCGUGAUUUUCAUCCAGAUCGAUCAUCCAUGCAGGCUUAUGUUGUAUUUGAGAGCAGUGAUAUGAUGGAAGCUGCUUUGAAGGCUAAUGGUGUAGAAUUUCUUGGGAAACACAUCCGUGUUGAUAAGUCCCUCCCUAGUUCAGAAAAGGAUACUAAGCUUUCAGUUUUUGUUGGCAACCUGUCCUUCAAAGCAGAAGAAGAGCCUCUUCGUGAACAUUUUGCGAGCUGUGGAGAGAUAGAAAGUGUGCGCAUUGUGAGAGACAGUAAAUUAUUAUCUGGAAAAGGAUUUGGCUAUAUUAACUUUAUGUCAGCAGAUUCAGUAGAGCUUGCUCUUCGUUUGGAUGGCGUACGAUUCAUGGGUCGUCAGUUGCGGGUACAGCGCAGUAAAAAAAAGCCCAAAGGUAAUAUGCAAACUAAGAAGAAUAUGGCAGUGAAGUUUGUUAAGACCGAUGCAGAAAAUAGCAAGUUAGCAAGGGAUGAUUUCUCUGGAGACAUGGUGGAACCAAAGAAAUUUAACAAGACCAAGGAAAAAAAGAAGACCGAGAAGUUGGGCGUAGCAUCCAGUAAAAAGGGAUUGGCCUUCAUGAAACUUGGUGCAGAUAAUAAGAAACGCAACAAGGCAAAGAGUGAUGAUUUCUCAGGUGUGAAAAUGAUGGAAACCAAGCAGUUUAACAAGAUAAAGAAAAAAGGAAAGCUCACAAAAGAAGAUAAGAAGAAACUAUACAUCGCCCAUCAACUGACUGGUGUCAAGCCUCAAGUGAAAAAACAGGCCUCAGUUAUUAACUAGAGAUGCUAUCUAAUGUUCUUGAUAGGAAGUCCUUUGACUCUGUUAUUGUCUUUUAGGUUCAGUCAGGAAAUUACAUGUGCUACCAGGGAGAGUUGUCAUUGCAAUAUUGUUGAAUUUUUUAUUAUUAUUUUGUUAAUGUUUGGAUUGGUAAGGCUACCUGUCAAAUAUUUGUACAUUUUAUAAAAUAUGCACUAUAUGUAACAUUUUUUCUUGUGCAUUAUGUUAAAUAUAAGUUUUCUUUAUUGAGAAUUACGAAUUAAAUUAAUUAAAUUUAA